AUGAGCGCUUCUGUUGAAGCCUUCGCGGGGGCGGGGAAGGAACUCGGAGUCGAGAUCUGGAAGGUGGUGAAAUUCAAUCCCGUGAAGCAGCCUGCGGGAAAAUCGGGGCGUUUUUCAAAAGGGGACUGCUACAUCGUCUUGCACACAUUCAAGCGUGGAAGUUCGAAAGUGCACAGCAUCCAUUUCUGGUUGGGCAGCAAGGCCUCCCAGGACGAAUCUGGGUCUGCAGCAAUUCUUGCGACUACAUUGGACAAGCAGCUUGGAGGUGUUGCUGUGCAAUUUAGAGAAAUCGAGGCAUCCGAAUCAGAGGAAUUUCUGCAGUUGUUCCCCGAAGGCGUUUUGUACCUCAGCGGUGGUGUGGCCAGUGGAUUUACAAAGGUGGAGGGUGUCAAGUAUGAGACCAGGCUGCUUCAUGUCCAUGGCUUACACCGCGCUCGAAUAGCCGAGGUUCCAGUCGAGGUGUCGUCUCUCAACAGCGGAGACUGCUUUGUGCUAGACGAUGGCUUGGCCAUCUACCAGUGGAAUGGCUCCACUGCUAACCUUGCUGAGAAGUCCAAGGUUCUCGACAUCUCCAUAGCCCUGAGGAACGAUCGCAAUGGUGUCCCAAAGGUUUCGGUGUUGGAAGAGGGAGAUAUCACCAGUGAGAAUGCUGUGAAGUUUUAUGCUAAGCUGGGGGUAGAUGACCUCUCUUCUCUCGAAAUCGCGCCAUCAGCACUGAAGGAAACGAAGACACUGUUUUCUGCUCCUGCUCUGUACAAGGCAUGUGAAGGGAAGUUUACAGAAGUUGCAACAGACAAGAUGAAGCGUGACAUGCUGGACACCAAUGGCAUGUUCAUCGUCUAUGCAGGAGGAGCACUGUACAUAUGGCAAGGCAGAGGCCUGCCAGAGGAGGAUAAGAAGGCCAUCUGGACAACAGCGACGAGGUUCUUGAUUUGGAAGGACCUCCCUGUGGACAUGAGGACGCAGGUGGUCAAGCAGGGACUGGAACCUCCACUGUUUGAGCAGCAGUUCUUCCAGUGGCAGGCAGAAACCCACAAAGAAAAGUUAGUGGAGGCCAAGACUGCACACAGCAAGGGAGAGACAGAGAUUGAUAUUCAGGCCAUGGUGGCAGGGAAGACUGGACAGGUGGUCAAGGACACACUGCCUGAUGUGUCCUCCAGUGGGAAGGCCAAAGUCUGGCGGGUGGUGGACAAUGAACUGGAAGAGGUGCCAGAAGACCAGUAUGGGGACUUUCUCGCAGGCGACUCGUAUGUCUUAAAGUACAGCUAUGCAGCAAAGCAAGGUGCCGACCAACACAUGAUUUACUAUUGGCAGGGGCAGGACUCUUCAGUGCAAGAGAAGGCUGCAAGUGCUGCACAGGCUGUCAAGCUCGAUGAUGAGUUGGGUGGAAGUGCAGUUCAGGUCCGAGUGGUGCAGAACAAUGAGCCCACCCACUUUCUCCACCUUUUUCCGGAAGGCAUGAUUGUCCAGUUGGGUGGGCAUGGUUCCAAGCCUGAGGGGAGGGAGGGCCCAACUGGUGCCGCAUUGUACCAAGUGAAGGCUACAUCGCCACAGGGCAUUCGUGCUGUUCAGCUUACCACAUCUGCAUUGAGUUUGAACUCGGGGGACGUGUUUGUCCUUGUCGAAAAGAGCAAGGUGGUGGUGUGGGAGGGGAGCAUGAGCACCAAAGAGGAAAAGGAGUUUGCUUCCAAGAUAGCAAAGCGUCUUGCAGACUCCAAAGAUGUGCAGACAAUUGGGGAAGGGGAAGAAGACGAUGCUUUCUGGGAGGUCCUGGGGGGCAAGCAGGAGUACCCCAAAGUGGGUGACCUGGGCCCCCCUGAGUGCCCCCCACGCCUGUUUCAGGUGUCAGACGCAACAACAGGAGGUUCAGGCGUUGACGUGGAGGAGAUCUUUCACUUUAGUCAGGCAGACCUGGACGAGAGAGAUGUGAUGAUGUUGGACACAUUCAGAGAGAUCUUUUUGUGGGUGGGCAAAGAUUCGAGGCAGCAGGAGAAGAAGGGAGCAUUCGAUUUGGCUCAAAAGUACCUGGAGGAGGUCAGCAAAGUGAAUGGGCGCAGCUGCGAUGUGCCAAUCACAUACGUGUCAUCUGGACAGGAGCCCCCCAUCUUCAAGUGCCACUUUGUUGGCUGGGAUGACACUAAAGAGCCAGCAUUUGUGGAUCCCUACGACUCCAAACUGAAGAAUUUUGAGGAAGAACAGGCCAACUCAACGGCAACCGAGCUGUUGAAGGUGGCCCAGGAGAGGACCAAGGCGUUCGUCGAUCCCUUGGCUAAAAAGGAAGAGUCCCAGGAGGCAGCCGCGACGCCAGCCGUCACCCUGACCCCUGUCCAGCCAGCAGAGUUCAAGUACAAGCCCCUCAAGGACGUUUUCCCCUACGAAAAGCUGAAGACAAUGACGGCCGUCGACGGCAUAGACCCUGCCCACAAGGAAGACUACCUCAGCGAGGAGGAAUUCAAGGAGAUCUUCAAGAAGACCCGGAAGGAAUACAAGGACCAGCCAGCCUGGCGCCAAGUCCAGAACAAGAAGGAGUGCGGCCUGUUCUGA